AUGGGGGGUGGUGGUGGUGGGAUGGGAGAGUUCCCUGGGAAUGGCACCGCGUCUGGCCCCGGAGGCGCUCCCAGCGGUAGUCCAUUCCGCCGUCGUGCAGCCAGCUCUGCAGACGCCGAGUCUGCUCCCUACUCCUCCAACGCAGACGACAAUACCAUCCACGAGACAUACCUAUGGCCAUUCUACGACGCGGUCAAGAACGGCCUCGGCGCCGUCAUACCCUCAGGACGGAAGCUCGGGUUCCAGGGGAUGGUGUGGCUCGAUGUGAACGGGCAGAGUACGGCGCAGGGGUCCGCCCUCGGCGGCGAGGACUACGGGUCGAGCAGUAUCUGGAGCAUGGAGACGAUGCAGGCUCUCCUGGCGAAAGGGACGCUUUCGCAGGCUCGCUUAGACGACAUGGCCAUCCGGAACGUCAUUGCGCAUUACCAUGUCGGUCUCGACGACGGCCAGCAGCCCGAGGCCCAAGCCACAAACGCGCACGUCGACGUGCGCGCAAACCACUCGGCGCUCAUCCGCGCCAACGGCGCCAAAUCCCUCGCCCUGCUGAAAAACACCAACAACGCCCUCCCGCUCUCCAAGCCCCGCGUGAUGAGCGCCAUGAACGUCCAGGGCUCCGGGCCCACAUGCCAGGGCCACCUGGCCAGCGGCACGGGGUCCGGCCAGGCGUCGCUCCCCUACGUGAUCGACCCGCACAUGGCGCUGAGCAUGCGCGCCGCGCCCGAGGGGACGAUGCUGCGGUGGAUCAUAAACGAUACGUAUAGUUCGAGCGGAUCGACGCUGAUUGCCAGCGAUGCAACCAGCACGUCUGGGCAGGUGACGUUUGAGAACUACGCGACGGGGUCGGAUGUGUGUAUGGUGUUUUUGAAUGCGCUUUCCGGGGAGGGUGCGGAUCGCGCGGAGCUGUAUAAUGCGGAUCAGGAUGCGAUGGUCAAUACCGUUGCGGAUAACUGCAACAAUACGGUUGUUGUUGUUGUCAAUGCGGUUGGGCCGAGGCUUGUGGACCGCUGGAUCGAGCAUGAGAAUGCCACGGCGCUUCUCUAUGGGUCGGUUCUGGGCCAGGAGUCGGGGAAUUCGAUUGUGGAUGUUCUGUAUGGGGAUGUUAACCCGUCCGCAAGGUUGACGUAUACCAUUGCGAAGAAUGAGAGCGACUAUAAUGUGGAACUGUGCUAUACUGCUCAGUGCGACUUUACCGAAGGCGUCUACCUCGACUACCGCCACUUUGACGCCCAAGAUAUAACCCCGCGCUACCCCUUCGGCCACUGCCUCUCCUACACAACCUUCGCCUAUAGCUCGCUGGUCGUAAACAUCCACCCCUCCGUCCCGCGCACACCACAAGGCACGGCCUCCGUGGGCGGGCCCAGCGACUUGUGGGACACGGUCGGAACAAUCUCUGCGCGAAUAACGAACAACGGCACGUGUGCUGGCGCCCAGGUUCCGCAGCUGUAUCUUUCUUUCCCUGAGGAGGCGGGGCAACCUGCUAGGCAGCUGAGGGGGUUUGAGAGGGUUUAUCUUGAAAGGGGGGAGGAGGGGACGGUGAGGUUUGAGUCGACGAGGAGGGAUGUUUCGUAUUGGAGUGUGGAGGCGCAGGAGUGGGUUGUUGCGGCUGGGAAAUACAAGGUGUUUGUUGGGGCCAGUUCGAGGGAUUUCAGGCUGUAG